GUGUGUUGAAUCAGCCGCAUACCCCAGCAUAAAGAACUCACAUAUACCAACAUACGAAUUAUUAUUUGGAUGUCAUUAUGACGUUAUGUACCGUUAAACUCAAAUACAUACAACAUUAAAUACUAAACAGCAAGCAAGGAGAGCAAACAAAAAAAAAACUAACUAAAUUUGUGUCAGUCACUAUGUUGCUGUGUGUUUUGUGAAUGAAAGGACCCUGACUGAAGGAAAAAAAAUAAAAGAAUCCUAGUCAUUCAAACGAACAAAUGAAUGAGUGAAUGACUCAGUGACUGACUGACUGACGGAACGUAUGGCUGACUAUAUGGCAUGGGAAUUGUUGUUGCUUGCAUUUGUUUGUUAACUUUUGAUUCGGUUUUUAUGCCAUUGCCGUUGCAGUUGCUGCACUCAGCUUUUCUUCUCGUCCUCCUGCUCCCUCACCACCAUCACUCAACAUCAUCUUCGACAUCUUGUAUAGUUUUGGCUGCACUGUUGUAUUUCCUUUUAAAUACAAGAUUUAACAAACUAUCAACGUAAUGGGCGAUUUACAAGCAACAAUUGAAUUUUCUGUGGAAUUGUAUAAAUUUUUUAAUGUCGACUUAUUUCAACGUGGUUUAUAUCAAGUGCGAUGUGCCCUGCGUGUAUCACCCCGUUUACCUGUACAAAUCGAAACCACAAUACCAGAAACCACAGCUAAUGGCCAGCCGGCAGCACAGCCCAUUAUAUCAAAUGGAAGUGGCAGUGGCGGUGGUGGUGGUAGCAGUGAAGCUACUAAUACAAACACUAACAGUAAUGGAAGCAGUAACAGUGGUGCUGUAGCAGGUGGCAUUGUUGGUUUGUCUAAUGGCAGCAAUAUUGUUGUUGUUGGCAGUGGUGGCGGCAACAUUGAAGCAGACCUACGAGAUCAACAACAUCAUCUUCAACCUUCGGAUAUACCACCACUACCCAAUAAUGUGCACAAUUUAGGUUCGGCCAGUAUAAUUAAUGGGGCGGGUGCCUCACGUGUUUUUCAAAUACUCUAUCGCAAUGAAGAGGUGACAUUACGUGAUGUAAUAUACUUUCGCACACAUUUAUUAGUUGACAGUCGUCAUUUGAAAGAGUCUAUAGAACGUGCAGAAUUUUCUUUACAACUUGAAUUGUGGUUUGCGGAACAAAACGGUUCUGCCUCGAAUUUAUCCUUGGCAUCAACGCGUACAUUACAACUCAACUUUCAUCCAGGACGUGGUUUACACUAUCACUUGCCCGUAUUGUUUGAUUAUUUUCACUUGGCUGCCAUAAGUGUGGGCAUACAUGCAAGUUUGGUGGCAUUGCAUCAGCCAUACAUCAAGAAAUCACUUUUCCAUUAUUUCAGAAGAUGUGCUCCCAAAAACUCCAAGCCCUGGCUAAGUACGGGUAAACUAAGCUGUCGUGGUAGUAUGUCGCCAGGGCCACUGGAAGCUGUAUUCUUUGGUCCCCAAGUAGUGGGUACUACAAAAUGUAGUGGUGGUCCGGCAGGUAGACUUUUACAGUCUCGCCAAUUGCAUCGUGAAAUAUGCAGUCUGCUGUUGGGAGCCAUAGAACAGUUGAAAAUUUCCUUAAAUGAAUUCAGUAAUGUACUCCCACCGAAUAUAAAUACACAAAUAGGUGCACCACCGUUUCGAGAAAAUGAUACUAAUGAAAGGAUGCUUAAACUAAUGGAGCAGGCAAAGAAUCAUGACUCCGAGGAGGACUUUGCCAUAAAAGCCAAUUCUGAUAUUGCUCAAUUGUGUGCCGAAUGUAUAAUGUUUUGGCGUCGUGUUUUAAUCGCCUCCACCCAACCUUCUGUACACACAUUAUUGGCCAAAAAGCAUCACAUCCUAAGAGUACGUAGAUUUUCCGAAGGUUUCUUUGUUAUGGAAAAUCCCCGACAUGCGGCUGCCGGUUGUUAUGAUAGCAAUUAUCAGAAUUAUAUUGCCAUAUCGGAGAUGGCCAGACGAAGUCGUUAUAUGCAAACCCUGCCACCAUUGCCAGUCCAUUGCACACCCAUUGAUGGUGACACCAAUUCAAUGCCACUCAUCUUUGAAGAUCGUUAUAUAGAGCCUAGUAAAUUUACCCGCAAGCGUACCGGUUCCGAUCCCAAUUUAAAUCGUGUUGAUGUGCCCAUAAAUGGCAAAGUUAAGGGUGCAACAGAUAAGGUUACAGCUAGUGCAAGAAAACUGAAUAGUAAGGAAUGUUCUUGUGGUGUGACAUAUGAUUAUCCUUUAAAGAAUAAUGGUUUAACAGGAGUAUUAACACCUCGCUUUGCUUUGGGAGGUGAGAUUUUGCAAGCCAGUUUGACUAUAGCACCCACGGCGGCUAGUAAAGGGCCCACUCCUGCCAUGAGUCAUAGAUAUAUGUCGCGUCACUCGGUUAAUGGUUUACUAGAUGAAAUCGAAACCGAUAAUGGCACCUUAAAUGGUUUCUGUGAACUUGGUAGUGCUGGAACAUUGCCAGCCAGACAUAGCAAGUCUUUGGAUCAACUGGAUGGUACGGUUCAUAGUACACCUUCUUUGCGUACCCAACACACUUUAGCUUAUCCGGCUAAAUUGUCAGAAACCGAGCUGAGGCAAUAUUCUUUGUAUAGUACAGUUCAGAAACCUCAAACCUUUAAGGGUUUCGGCCUUAAUGGCAGUCGUAAACCCAAGGUACAGGCCGAGGAUCUGAUGCGCAAUAUUAACGAAUUUAGACAAAAAUAUAAAAAUGUCGAGGAAAACACUAAAGAGGUGGCCUUUAAAGACUGUGAACCCUUGACAAAUGGCAACCAUUUGAAGUUUUAUGGACCUACGAAUGCAGCCACCUUAGGUAGACAACCCCUGGAACAUGGUAUGCCAGCCAGUAAAUAUGAUUAUCUCCAUGAGAUCAAGUUGUUAAACCCACCCAAAAAAGUGGUAGAACGUCAACGUACUUACUACAAUUCUCUGCCAAAAAGCAUUACAAAUGGGGAAAUUGUGCCACGUCCAUCUUAUACACCCAACAGGAAACUGCCACAAAAUGGUCCAACAAAUCAGCCAAUUAUAUGGCCCCAACAGAUUGUUAUAUCACGUAGUAAUUCUUCUCAAGCCUUAAAACAGAAUGCCAAUAGAGAAAUGGAACCGAAUACAGCUUCCACCAUACCCAGAUCAGUGGAAAUUGCACGUGUUAGAGUAUCGGACCUUAAGGAAAUGCUUAAGAAUGGUACACUGCAAAAGGAGUCUAGUAGUUCGGAAAGUGAUAUUCCCUCCAAGGUAAAGAAGUCCAAGGCAGAACAAAAAAUGCUUUCCUCAUCCAGUGUGCCCUUUAAAUUGGACUCGACAUCCGGUGAUCAAGAUCAGACUACAAGUGGUUUCAGUGAGUCCUUGCCCAAUUUGGCUCCACCUCAGCAAUUCACCACCGAGGGAGUGUUAAGUGACUCCACCUCAUCGUUAAGUGAAGAAAGCGGCUGGGUGUCUAGCAGACGCAGCUCUGUUAUACCCUCUAGUCCGGAAACUAUUUUAAAACAAACCCAAACUAAACAAACUAGUGAACUGGAAACUCGCCUUAAUGGCGAACAACUAAGAUUGAAAUUACAAAAACUCUUAGAACAGCAAACUAAAACUAAGAAGCUUAAAGAGAAUCGCUGCAAUGCCAAGACAUUGGUAACCACCACCGAAGGAGGUGUCAACAAAAAAGUGUCCACGGUAACAGUCAAAGUAAAAACAGAGCGUUUAAAAUCGGAACUUAGACGAAAUCUAAGAAAUAUACCCUACAAUGAAUCAACGGAAGUUGAGGACUCCGAUAUGUCGCUCAUACAGACCCAAAGAAGAGAACGACAUCGACGCACCGAAAAAUCAAAGUCAGACUUUGAUUUGACCAGCAUUAAGGAGACACCAGGAUCUAUAAUAAAUGUGAGAGUACCACCACCACAACAAUUUCAAGAUGAUCUUUUGCCGCCCGAUGAAUUUAGAGAUCCUCCAGUAACACAUGAAAAUCAACUAAAAAAGGCUUCACAACUCAAAACGAAACACUCUACCAACCCCUCAACAAGUAUAACAACGCCCGUAACAUUUAGCAUGGAGCCGUAUCAGACUCUAACACAACAUUCAUCACCCUCAAUUAUAGUGCCACCAGCACCACCGCCUCCCUUAAAGGAGAUACCACAACACUCGCAGAAUCUGAGGACUCCCAUUGUAGCCAUCGACAACCCGGUAUAUCACAUCUAUGAGUCCAUGAAACCUAUAACCGCUGCCAAUAUAUUCACCAACAAACCAGUAGUUAGAUCCCAUAGCAUCAUCGAAAUGAAAAGACCCAAAGAUUUUGGCAAUGCUGUUGUUAAAACUGCCAUUAUAACCAACACUAGAUCAAAUCGUUCCACACCCAACGGUUCCAGUAAAAUCUCGCAGAACUCACAAAGCCAACCAGCAUCUCUAGACAAUACCGAAGAUGAGAAUAAGGAAAAUUCAAAUACCACUACUACCAACAGCAACGCAAACAGCAAUCCCCAAACGGCGAUUACCCGUUCCAGCAGCACCAAGUCGCACAAAUCGAAAAACAAAGGCCCCGAAUGCAACAUAUCCCUUAUGGAAUUUGAGAAAUAUCGUGAAGAGUUUCGCAAGCAAUUGAAAUAUAGUGGCAGCAUUUAUUCAGAUUUCACCCGUCUAUCAUCUGAACUACCCUAUUUCUAUAUUAGCGAUGAAUACAGAGCCUUCUCUCCCAAUGGCAUGCAUUUAAUCAUAUGUGUUCAUGGUUUAGAUGGUAAUUCGGCGGAUUUGCGUUUGGUGCGCACCUAUUUGGAAUUGGGUUUACCGGGUGCUAAUUUGGAGUUCUUAAUGUCGGAACGUAAUCAAGGUGAUACAUUUUCCGAUUUCGAUACAAUGACUGAUAGACUGGUUGCUGAAAUUUUAUAUCAUAUCGAAACUUGUGGACUUAAUCCUACGCGCAUUUCAUUUGUAGCACACUCUUUGGGAACAAUUAUCGUACGCAGCGCAUUGGCACGACCACAAAUGCGUUCAUUAUUGCCACGCCUGCAUACAUUCCUAUCGCUGUCGGGACCACAUUUGGGUACACUAUACAAUACAAGCGGACUUGUUAAUAUGGGCAUGUGGUUUAUGCAAAAAUGGAAGAAAUCUGGUUCUUUGUUACAACUCUGCAUGCGUGACACAACUGAUUUACGCAAAAGUUUCCUGUAUCGUCUUAGUCAACGCAGUACGCUACAUCAUUUUAAAAAUAUAUUACUGUGUGGUUCCAGCCAGGAUCGUUAUGUGCCAGCACAUUCGGCCAGACUGGAGUUGUGUAAAGCCGCAAUACGUGAUAAUUCCAAUUUGGGCACAAUAUACAGAGAAAUGAUACACAAUAUAAUAGCGCCCAUAUUGGCUCGACCCGAAUUGACGCUAACACGCUACGAUGUCCAUCAUGCUUUGCCGCAUACAGCCAAUACAUUAAUUGGACGAGCGGCCCAUAUUGCUGUCUUGGAUUCAGAAUUAUUUAUAGAGAAAUUUUUACUUAUAGCGGGUCUGAAAUAUUUUAGUUAGCGUACUUAACUAGAAAAUAAACGAACUUAUUAAAUAUAGUACAUGCAUACAUACAAAAAUACAUUUAGAGAAAACGGAAAUAGUUCGGAAUAGUUUUACAGGGUAAAAAAAACACAACACUUUCAAGUCCGCUGAAGAAAAUAACGCCUAAGAAUUGCAAGCAUUUUCUUUUUUUUAUUAUUGAACUAAACUGAAUAAGGAAUUUUUUAAAAACCAAAGAAAAUAAAA